AUGUAUUCAAAUAAAAUCUUGGUUGUGUUGGUUUUGGUCACUGUCGUACUGGGAGAUCUCGGUGCUUCACGCUUCAAACGCGGGUGCUUCAACGAUUUUUUAUGUAGCAACAGAAAGCGAGAUAUCGGUGCUGUGAGUGAACCAAUUGAGAAGAGAGAAGCUGAUAUUGAUCGAGUCGAACGUCUCGCUCUUGAAUCUCGAGUGAAUGAAUCUCGAGCAAAACGUUGGUGCAAAGGAAACAUGUGCGUUAAUAAAAGAGAUGUUGGAGCAGUGAAUGAACCAAUUGAGAAGAGAACGGUCGUCCUUCCGUCUCACCUCGGCAUUCAUCCAUCAUCG